AUAUGAACGUUCAUGUUUAUAGAAUAUGCAUCUAUCAUGCCUUGACUUUUCUGUUCUGAGAAUUUACGCCUACUUUUUUUUACAUUGUCAAAUCCAUCGCCAGUCAACAAACUUUUGGCCUCAUUUCUCAGAUAUCAGACAUAUUAUAUAAUAAUCAAAUAAAUUAAAUAUUUUGUUUUUAUUGUCAAGUAAGAAGGGCAUGCAUCACGUUAGAUCAAAUCGUGAAUUAUCUCUGAGAGUUAUCUAUAAUAAAGCAGUGGACCAAAGAGAAUAUAAUAUGUGGCAAUAGUGGAUCUUACAAAAACUUCAAAAUUUUGGCGGCUAUUUGAAAAUACAUAACUGAUAUCUAACAUCGAUAUUUAUGUACUUAAUUGAUAAUGACAAAGAACAUGCACUUUCAUGGAGUAAAUAAGGGCGGUAUAUUGCAAAGGUUUGUGAGUCUUGUUCCAACUGCUUGGAAAUUUAUUGGGCUAAAGUUCAGUAAAAAAGACAAAAGAUGGCUGUAGUAAAUUAAACAAGGAAAUAAAUAAACUCCGUAACGCCUUUCGCAGGACUAAUUUAAAAAAUCAGGUCAUGUUUAAAUAUAGUCAAUCAGUGCAUCAAAAUAGUUAUAUACAUGAUGAAGAUCUUUUUUUAAACAGGGAUAUUAAUGAAGCACUUAAUGAUCCAUACAUUUCUUUAGGAGAUUUACUGAAUGAAUCUGAUGAACUUAUUCUAGAAAACGAUAAAGAUUUCAAAAUAAACACUAAGUUAAGACCAAUGAGGAAUCAAACUAGUACCAAUGAAACGAAAAAAUAUCAGCUGGAAGAUUGUGUUCCGGAAAACCCCGACGAAGAAUUAAAAACAAACGUUAUAAGAAUUGAUUGUACAUAUGUGGAUAAAAGUGCCAGAACUGAUUCAAUUGAACCGGACGAAAACAUUGAUGUUAAUACAAAUGAAAUUGACAAAAAACCUUUAGAUCCAACAAUUUCUGAAUUGCAAAGUUUACUUAUUAUGAUGACUUUAUCGUCUAAAUCUAAUUAUGAUGAAGGCAACGACAACUACGAAAGAGACACAAUUGAUGAAAAGAGUACACUAAACGAGCCAUUAUUAGAAAAUACUAAAAUCAAUAAAGAAUUUACGGAAUGCGAAGAUAUCAAUGAAAUUUUAAAUAUAAAGCCCAUACUUGUUGAAAUGAGAAGUUAUCAAAAAAUACGAAUGAAAAAAUAUGUAGAAAAAUGGAGAAAAUAUGUACGGAAAAGACAAGAAGUAAUUAAUCAACAACGACAAAUAGCGCUGUCUAACUUUUUCAACAAACUUGAAAAGAAAAAGGCGAAUGUUAAUCAAUCAUUAGAUUCUGUUAAUAAAGCUGCAGCAUUAGCGCGAGAUUAUAGUACUUAUCAACAUAGAUACAAAGUUCAGAGGCAAAUAAUUGCACUACAAAAAGCUAAACUAGAGCAACAAAACAGACUAAUAGAAGAGCUAAAGUAUAAUAAAAUAAUAGAAGCAUCACGGCAGUCAGUCGAUACGAUGAGAGAGGAAGUUCGUAAAACUUAUUAUGAGAUUGAUAGACAGUUAAAACCAAAAAUAAAAUGUUUGACGAAUGAGUUGAAGAUACCUGAAAUAGAUGAAUCCACACUUGCAUUGCAGUGUUUAAAGGUACCACAAUUUUUGCAAAGAAUGGAAAAAAGAGCCCGCGAACGGGAGGAAAAGCACGCAAUGAUCCGUGAACGGCGAAGGCAAAUGGAAGAGGAAAGAUUAAGAUUAAAGCAACAGGCAGAAUUAGCUAAAGCUGAAAUGGAUAAAGACGAGAAGAUGAAAAGAAUAAAAGAGUUACGGGAAAAAAGAAAGAAAGAAAAAAUUGAUGCCAUUAGAAGAAAACAAUUUACGGAAAGAAUGAGAGCGUUAAUUGUGAUGGCUGAUUUGCAUUACGAGAAGCAUUUACUAAUGAAAUUCGGUAUGAGACCCCUCAAGAGGUUAUUAAAAAUAAAACAGGAUAAUAUAGACAAAGCAAUAUCGCAUUACACGUUCCAAUUAAAGAAAAAUGUAUUCUUGCACUUAAUGUGGUACACAGAAGAUAUGGUAUUUGAAAGGAAUUUUAAAGCGGAGGAGUUUUAUAGAAAAAGGGUUUUGUAUAGAGCUUUCGCCUGUUUAAAACAGAAUCAUCAUGAAUACGUUUUAAAGAAACAAGUUGCCGAAGAUUAUUAUGAUAUUUACGUCAUUCAACUAAUGUUUAGAAAGUUUCGGGAAGCUAUAGAAAUAAUAAAGAAGGAAAAUCAAGUUAAAUGGCAAGCUGUGGUAAAUUAUUACAACAGUAACAUCAUGUUCAAAAUUUUUACGUCCUGGAGAACACUUCCAGCUUUGAACGCAUUGCAAAGAGAACAGGAAGCUCGGAAGGCGAGGUGGAGACUAAAGGUUCUACAGGUUGUUCCAGAUUACACUCCGCCUGACAAUUAGGAAUACUUGGUGGCAAGCAAAAUCACAUUUUUUUUUAUCAUGACAGAAAUGUGACUGUAUUACUUAUUAUGUCAAAAUUGAUUUCUCAAAAAAUUUCAUGGCCUUUAAUAAUGUUUCUCUGUUAAUCCUAUGGUUUUCACACUACACCAGUUUAAAAAAAAACUACUGUAGCUAUAAUUUAGUAAUAAGUAAUAAUUAACUAGAUAACUGACCUGAUUAGUUCCGUUGUCUCAUAGAAAACCGAUGUGAAUGGCAGCCAUACUAUUUUGUUCCUUAAGAUGCAUUCUUUCUGUUUCUUAGUAAUUACUUUCAAGUUCAGCAACGGAUAAAUCCCUAUGGCAUUGCACGUAUUUUUGGACGACAGAGGUACCUUUUAUCUUCUAUUCUAUCGGCCUACUGUUAUCAAAAUAACCAAAUUAGGUACAAAGUUUAACUGUUUCGGUCUUGGGUUGACAAGUAAUAAAAAUAAAUACAAUU